AUGAUUGCUCAGGAGAAAUUGCAAGAGUGGAAGUGCCGCCGACGCCGGGAUGUGUACGAGCAACUCCCCAUAGGUGACGUGGUUUUACUAAUGUCAAGAUUACAGGUGCAUGUAAACGCUAUUUCAGAAGGGAGUGAUGGCUUCGACCUGCAAACGUUUGAUGUGUUGUCCGUUGCACUUACGGAAAACUGGCGGAUGAGGUCGGCGGGGUCGGCACCUUCUGGAGAGAUUACGUACCUGGAGCUUCUGUCCACCCAACAUCUCGUUUUCGAUGUCGGUCCACGAUUUCUUUCCUUGGUGCUUCGCAAACUCGGCGGCACAGCGGACGUUCCUACCACCGAUGCAGGUGGUGAUCAGGUCAGCGACACCGGCACUCUCGAACACGACCUUGUUGCAGUCCUCGCUGAAGAAUUUGUUGGCGAAUUUGCAGAUCUCGUUGAGUCCCAGCCUCAUGAUGGCAGCCUUAGUGUUAGAUCCGAGCCCCAAACCGUCACAGAAACCGGCGGAAAUGGCAACGACGUUCUUGAUGGCGCCGAACACCUGGACAGCGGCAACACCGGGUACGCAGUUGAUCUUGAAGUAAGGCCUGUCGAAGAGCUUCUGGAAGAUGAGGGCGUGCUCCUUUUCCUUGUAUCCAAUGGUGGCCUCACUGAACUCUUCCUUGGCGACGUUGGUGGCAACGUUGGCACCGGAAAGGGCGAGGCAUGGGAUACCAAGCUCCUGCUCGAUGGUCUCGGUGAAGCACACCACAUCGCGUCCGGUAAGCUCGAUACCCUUGACGAGACUGAUGCAGAUGGAACCAGGCUUGAUGGGACCCAUUUCCUUCAUCUUCCUAACGGUGGACUUGACGAACUGGUGAGGGAGCACAAUGAUGAAGGUGUCAGACUCCUGGACGCACUCCUUCAUGUCAGGUACACCGACCAGGUUGUGAGGCAGCUUGAUUCCAGGCAGGUACUUCUUGUUCUCGUGGUCCGUGUUGAUGAUCUCGCUGAGCUUGCGGCCCUCGAAGACUUCCUCGAGCACCCACAGGCGUACAGUGUUGUCGAAUUCGGGGUGUCUCGCAGCGUUCUCCGCAAUGAGUUUGCUCGAAGCCGUUCCCCAGUUGCCGCAGCCCAUAACACAAACCUACAUCGCGGUGAAAUGGUGACAUGGACCGGGCAUGUCGCAGUCAUGCCGCUGGAAUCUAGACAGCAAUGCAACGUACCUUCCUCGGCGAUGCCAUUGUUCUAA